UUCUCGGUCGGGUCUUCUGUUGAAGGUGAUUUCUUCGUUUCCGGUAUCACGUUGGCGUCGCUUCCGCCACGUGACGCCAUUCAAAAUGCUCUUUUGUCAGGCUUCUUGAUUAUGAUCGUAAUAGUUGAGAUGAUACCCGAAGGUGCAGUGUUUCAAUAUUAAAUUUGAGUGAGAUAAAUAAAUCCUUUCGAUUGGACGCUGAGCUGAAUCUUACAGUCUCGGAUUAGGAACGAAACGAAACGAAGUCUUACCGCGGUCUUACUUCAUCUCGAAGAGAAUGUAAGUCGCUCCCAACAGCGAUGCCAGAUCUACCUUGCCGGUUACCGGAUACACAUUGAUGAAUCAUUAUGUCCUGUUGCGUGGUCGUCUUCAAAGACGUCAAGUCACCAAGGGAUCAAAAUCCAGCAGUGCAGCGGAGGAGAGUCAAGCCUAAGCCGGUUUUCGAGCUCGUUCAAAGAUAAGAAUUUGAUCGGGUGUCAGCGGCCAAAAGUUCAUCGUGUGUUCGCCAGACACGAAAGAGGCAACAAGGAGGAAGGAGGUGAGGAGGCUCCAGAGGUCACAGUACGAGAAAAAGGAGUCGAAGGGGGUGGAGAAGUGUUUGGAAGUCGUGAUCGAGCCGCGGAAAAAGGUGUCGGAAGCAGUGAUGCAUUCGGCCAGUGCCGUGCCAAGUGUGGUGACUGGUUCACCUGACUGUAGAUAGCGUUAGUGGCGUGUGCGUGAAGGUCAAUGCAUGCUACGCCACUGGCCUGGGCCCACGUGACCAGGGGGCCCGUAAUGUCCCCGCGAGAAGGCCGAUGGGCCCGAGCAUUGCACCUGGUUCUUGUGGUCAUGUGGUUGACGUUCACCGAUGCCUGGCCUCUUCAACCAGUACCUCCACACAGAGGGAUUACGCAUGGGACGUACAUCAGACAUUAUGAACCAGCCUGGUACGACGCGACUGCCUUGCGACGACAUCGCGAUAGGGUGCGUCGCGACGCUCCCGACGACAUCAGGGAUCAACCGCUAAUUUUACAUGUUCGCGUCCUCGACAGACGAUGGACCAUGCGAUUGAAUCGUGAUGCAGAAAUUUUUGCAAAGGAUGCAGUUUUUGAGGGAACGAAUGGACCAAUAUCGUUUGACAUGACCAAUUCCUAUAGCGGUACCCUUAAUGAGGAUGAAAAUGCAGUGGUGCAAGGUGUUGUCACGGAUGACGGUCUUUUUGACGGCACAGUGGUUACGGGAUUUGAGGAGUACUAUAUCGAACCUACAAGCCGAUAUUUGCCCGGAGAUGAGGACACAUCACCCCCUUAUCAUACCAUAGCGUAUCGUGCUUCUGACGUUAUGACGCCACCAAGUCCUCUUCGUUGUGCCAGUCACGAUCUGCAUCAUGGCACCCUAAGCGACUCUCUAGAUCGAAAAUUAAAUGAUACCAAUAAAACCUCCCAGUCAUUUUACGAGCAUCUACUAGACAACGAGGUUCAACAACACGGAGGGUUUUAUUCGCAAGAAGAAAAGUUGAAAGCUUCGAAACCAGAGAAACGUUACGACUUAGAAUAUUUAGACAGAAUAUACCGAGAGCGAUUUGCUAGAAAUUUAAAAAAACGGGCAACAGUGGAUCCUCGGAAAACUACGUGUAUGCUUUAUCUGCAAGCUGAUCAUCAGUUCUUCGCUCGAUACGGCACGGAGGAAGCUUGUAUCGAAGUUAUGACCAGACACGUUCAAAGAGUUAACUCGAUUUACAAAUAUACAGAUUUCAAUCAGGAUGGAAGACCCGAUAAUAUCAGUUUCAUGAUCAAAAGGGUAAAAGUUCACAAUGGCGAUGCUUUAAAAGACCCCAGCUACAGGUUUCCAGGAAACUAUGGUGUGGAGAAAUACUUGGAGCUGUUUUCCGAGGAAGAUUACGAUGCCUUCUGCUUGGCUUACAUGUUCACGUACAGAGACUUCGAGAUGGGUACAUUGGGUCUGGCUUGGACUGGCGACCUUAAAAAUGCAGGGGGCGUUUGCGAAAAGAAUGGGCAUUAUCGUGGCAGUAUGAAAUCCUUGAAUACUGGUAUAGUGACAUUACUGAAUUAUGGGAAGCACGUCCCUCCUGCAGUUUCUCACGUGACUUUAGCGCACGAGAUUGGUCACAACUUUGGCUCGCCGCACGAUCCUGAGCAAUGUUCGCCUGGUGGUGAGGACGGCAAUUUUAUAAUGUUUGCUCGUGCAACCAGCGGCGACAAGCGGAACAAUAAUCGUUUCAGUCCUUGCAGUCUGAAUGCUAUUAACCCUGUCCUUAACGCAAAAGCCCGUACGAAAACAGGAUGUUUCACUGAGCCCCAAGCAUCGUUAUGUGGAAAUGGAGUAGUCGAGGAUGGGGAGGAAUGUGAUUGUGGAUGGGAAGAAGAUUGCAAAGACUCGUGCUGCUUUCCUCAACGUCGCUAUCCUCCCUCUGACGAAACUCCCUGUACUUUAACUCCUGUAUCAGUAUGCAGUCCUAGUCAGGGUCCAUGUUGCACUACGGAUUGCAAGCUGAGAUUCGCUGAUAAAUGCAGGGAUGACAACGGUUGCAGAGACUCGAGUUUUUGUGAUGGAAGAGCACCCUAUUGUCCUCCAUCUAUUAACAAACCCAACAAGACCAUCUGUAAUCAAGAGCUCGUUUGCUUUAUGGGGGAGUGUACCGGAAGUAUUUGUUUAGCUUAUGGACUUGAAUCGUGCCAAUGCAUACCUGGACCCAAAGAUCCUGCUACCAAAGCUUGCGAAUUGUGUUGUCGCUUACCUGGAGAAAAUCAGCCGUGCCUAUCGUCAUUUGACUGGAAUUCGCCACCUUAUGAUAUUCCAGACAUGUUUUCAAAACCAGGCACUCCAUGCAAUGAUUACAACGGUUACUGUGAUGUAUUCCAAAAAUGUAGGGAGGUGGAUCCCAGCGGGCCAUUGGCGACAUUAAGGAAGCUUUUACUAUCGGACGAAAGCCUCGCCACAUUCCGACGAUGGAUAGUCGAACACUGGUAUGCGGUGGGUCUAAUAAUUCUCGGAGUCAUUUCUCUACUGGUGGCCAGCACGAGGUUAUUGGGGAAACGCCCCGACCAGAAGCUGAAGUCGGUUACGAUAAUCCACAGCUCAACGACGGAGACAGUGCGACUUCCACCGGAAGGAACGGAGGGAGUGACAGUACAUCCGCCAGCAGUUCGUGCGAAACUACCCUUAAGCAGGAAAGUGAGAGAGAAGAGACAUCGCCGAAAGCCUAAGGAUUCCAGCCCAGCCAUAAAUGCAGGCAACGAAAAGUCUUCCAAGGCUAAGAAGAAGAGAGUGGUACCCUCCGCAGUUGAAGAGCCGACUCGUAAGAGAUUGACCGAGGCUGUCACCGCGCCGGAAGUAAAGCAGAAGAAGGUCACAAAAGACAAGCAGGCGCCGGAAAAUGGCGGUAGCGGAAACAAGAAAAAACGUAAGAAGAAGGUGAUCGAUUACUCAGCAACGCAGGCUGAGAAUGAAACCGGGGGAGUAGCAGGGGUUGGAGUUUCUGCAGCAGUUGGUACCGGAAGUGGAGGAGUCGCUGACAAUGCUGAUCCAAAGAGCAAAGUACGAUCCUGGCUUCUCGCGUCCCAAUGCCGGGUGGAACCACCGACUUCCGCUUUAUCCAAGAGUAAAUCAACCCCCGUUGGUCUCACGGCUCCUGCAGGUGCUCCUCCAAGGCCCAGCGGAGGAAGAGUCAAACACGUGACUUUGAGAAGACUGACCGACCCAAAAUCAAGGAGUUUGGGUUCUUUGGCUAAAAAUGACACUAAAACAGACAGGGUGAGGUUACAGGUCGUUUAUAAACCUCCUUUCAAGUUCAGUGUUAAACUUCGUAAGGCGGAUAAAGUUGGACAGACUCCGGGAGUUCACGGACCAACCAGGAACGCGGGACCGAGGACUGGGGUGCUUGUUAGAACGAAGAGGGACAAAAUUAGAGUUGGCCAGGCGAAACAGAUUCAUGCACCCAAUAAAACUAUCAACGCUUGUAUUCCGGAACCACAAAACUCAGAUCUUCAUACUGUACCGUCUGACCUUGAAGUCCUUCUUUCUGAGAGCGAGUUCCUUUUCUCGGACGCGUGAUCCCAAUGGAAUCGUUCUCAGCCACAGUGCGCUUUGUCGAGGUGACAAAAGACUUUACCAGGCAGUAUUUUUAAAAGACGUCCAUGAAGAAAAUACGAUUUCCUCGCCUGUCAGCGACUGUAAACUAGCCUGCAGAAGAAGAGGAUCUAACACCUUUUUCGAAGCUUUUAGGGAUAACGAAAAAAAUGUAAAAUUGACAAGCAGGGGCGACUAUUAGCGAAAAGGAUCGCGAGGAACGUAUAUACUAUGUAAAUACUAUUUUACUGUGAUUUUCUUUUCAUUGUUGACAGAAUGUUCCCGACAUGAUGAUAACAAAAUCUUGUACUUAAUUUGCUAGUCACGAUUCUCUCGAUGAUUGGUUCUAGGCAAUGUUAUGUACAUUGUGCUUAAGACGUGAAUAGUUCAGUUAAAAAGCAAAAUGUGCGCUUUAAAAUAUAAAAUUUGGUGUGCUUGGGACGGGAUCAAAUAGGUAGUAAAAAUACUUUGUUAAAGAGCAAAUAGAACAAAUGCACAAACGAAUAAACACAAUCGUUUGAGGUUGCAGUACAGCACUUCAUAACCAAAAAAAUGAGAAUUUUUAAAAAGAGCGAAGAAAUAUUCGGUGAAGUCAAAAUUACUGUUUAUUGGUCAAACAGAUUUCCACUCCCGAGACAAAUUUUUUUUGAAUUAAGGCCAAAAAAUUUGUUUCAAAAAUAGAUAUAAAGGUUCGAGGAAAUGGAGUAGGAAGUUGACAAUCUCAAAACUGACUGAAAUAUUGAAAAAUGAUUACUGUCUUAUAAUUUUAAAUAAAUUUUAUAUCAAGAAUUAAUCAAGUUUGUUUGUUUUAAUUGUCGUAUUAAAAACCAGUUUAAAAAAAUCUUUUUACUUUUAUUUGAUUUUUAAUUUUUGUUUAUUUGAUGCUUAAAUAUUUUUUAUACCAAUAAACCCAUUUUCGAUAAAAAUGUUGGUUUUCUAGUUCUGUAUUGCAACUCUUCAGUUGCAUUUUCAAAAAAUUGCGGAAAUUAACUUCAUUUGUGGAGCUGGAUUCUAUAAUCGCUUAUAAAUUUUUAUCACUCAACUUUGUUAGCCCUAGAUACUUUUUAAACAAGUUUUGAAUUUCAAUCUUAAAAAUGCGUAUACUUGCAUCACAUCAAUUGUGCUUAUUUUUUCUAAGCAACGGAAUUGUAGCUUUUGCCGUUUUUAAAGUAAACUAAAACCUCCAUUUUUCAAAGAAUACAUUUUUUUAAAUCUUCUUUAACUUCAACUCGUAAUGAUUCUGACAAUUUUUGGAACUUGUGGAUGAAAUUUACAGGACAUAUUCUUUAUGCUCUUCUGCGACUAGUAGAGUAAUAAUAUAUGGUCAUUUAUGUUCAAACAAAAGUUAUUAAU